AUGUCACUGAAAAGCCAAGUAGCUCUAGUAACCGGUGCUUCUCGUGGCAUUGGCAAAGGAAUCGCUGUAUCAUUGGGUGAAGCUGGUGCCACAGUAUAUGUCACCGGUCGAAGACCUGAAAUCGCUGAAAAACUGUCAAACUCAUCGACCUUGCAACAAGUUGCUGAUGAGAUUAACCGAAAAGGCGGAAAAGGCAUUGCUGUAUACUGUGAUCAUAGUAAUCCUCAAGACGUGAAGGAACUCUUUGAAAGGAUUGAUAAGGAACAACAAGGUCAAUUGGACAUACUGGUCAAUAAUGCCUACUCAGCCGUGUCAUUCUUGAUGAAACGGAUCGGGAAAAAGUUUUAUGAGCUUGAAGAGUCUCCAGAAGAGGUUUGGGACACUGUGAAUAAUGUUGGCCUAAGGAAUUACUAUAUCUGCAGUGUUUAUGCAACAAGGAUGAUGAUCAAGAGGAAGGCUGGGCUCAUAGUUAACAUCGGAAGUAUGGGUGGGUUGAAGUACAUGUUCAGCGUGUCUUAUGGAGCUGGCAAAGAUGCUGUAAGUUUAAAACUGGCAUUUACUUUAGUUUUAAAGUCAGUAGAUUUUGUGAAAACUUUUAAAAAAUAUAAAUUUUGAGCUUGACGGAGCCUGAUUUUCGUUUUGGGACCAAAAAAAUAAAAUAUUGCAUAUUUGAAUGCGUAUGACUAAAAGAAGACCAGUUUCUGAAUUUGAAUUAUAUGCGAAAUAUAUACUUUAAAUAUAAAUUUUUAGAAAGAUAGAAUGGCAGCUGACAUUGCUCACGAACUUCAAGGUACAGGCAUCACUUGUGUCUCUGUUUGGCCUGCGGCUGUGAAGACUGAAUACAUGUUGGAGAAUGUUGUCAACGGCAAAAAUGAUGUAGAUAUUGAUUAAUAAAAUUCUCGAUAUGUACUGCUUCGACGACUGCAGUAAACUUUAUUGAAAUUUACAAUUUUCAGGCUUUGUCAAAAGCCUUUGCUGCUGGAGAAGAUCUAGGCUAUGCCGGCCGAGGGAUCGCUAAACUGGCAGCUGAUCCAAACAAAGAUCGAUUCAAUGGUAAAAUACUUUUGACUGCCGACUUGGCUGAGACAUACGACAUUCGGGGAGAAGAUGGUAGUAAGUUUAGUAAAAUUUUUUGUAUAUAAAGGCAUUGUACUGGUUAAUCAUCUUUAGCUGUUAAUUUCAAUUAUGAUUGCUAGUAUCAGCACUAUGUUAUCGGGGUCAUAGUUUUUAAAUCAAUCAGGGUUUUGCUUAUUUUAUAAAUAUUAUAUAUCAUAGCUUUGCAUAUUUCAGAAAUCCAUCGGCCAAGUGAGCUAGAAGAGCGUAAGAGGAUAGUAGAGAUCAUCAACGACAUCAGAACCUCUGGUGUCAAACGAGAAUAUCAGGUGAAAACCCAGUUUUUGGGAGCAAUAUAA